GGCAUUCCAGGUAGAGGGAAUAGCCUGGACAAAGCUUCAGAAGAGUGAGAACCACAGUGUUUUUGCAGGAAGAGGUUCCCAGCCAUGCAGAGAUGGGGCGUUCUGCUGAGUGCAGGUGAAUAAGAGGAGGAGAGGAAGGGCUGGAUUCUGGAUGGGAAAGCAACAGGACGUGAAUAAAAAGGAGUCAGGAUGCAGGGAGGGCAAGGUUCUCUCAGUCCUGUGGAGCAGGUGUCGCUUGCUGAUUGCAUCUGUCCUCCAGUGCUCAGCUCCAUAGCCACUUUCAGAGGGGCUCUCAGAGUUGUGGCAGGUUAUCUGUCCCUCCUACAUUCCCCGCGGCUCCCUUCAUGCUCCGAUGUCAUCUCCAUCAUGUCUGUGGACCCGGGCUCCAGCAGGGUGUUCCUGGGGCCACCGCAAGUCUUCCCAGGGUCCACAUAUGUUGCUUAUGCCAACACGUGGCGGGCUUUAAAUAGAUAGCUAUUAAAUGGAUGAGGAAACAGGCUCAGAAAAACUUGCCCAAAGUCACAGAGCUAGUAAGUGGCAGAGCUGGGGAGCAAAUCCAGUCUACCUGACUCUGAAGCUUGUGCUCCCAACACAGCUGUAUUGUGCCUCCCAGCAGGGCGAACAGAUGGUGAAUAGCAGGUUUGGAUCCUGUAAGCACUAACAAAUUCAGUGUUUGAUUUCUAGGAACUGAAUUCCUGUUGUUCAUAUCUUGCUUAUCCAGUCUGGAGAAGACAGCCUCUCGUUUGUCCUGAAAAUGGUUUUACUCCAUCAGCUCAGGUGUUCUCUGGGGACCCAGAUGUGCAGCAUGGGGGAGUGGCAGUUUGAGCUCCAGGACCCUGGGGUGCAGCCCUAAAGGUUUCUGGUAGAGUGUGGUCUGCCCCGCCAGUCUGCUCUGAGAAUUACUCCCCUAGUAUGGAAACUCAGAUUGAGAUGACUGGGAGAUUUGAGGAUGCCAAAAGCAUAUGGUGUGAAACGGCCACGAGAGCCACUAGAUACUUCUGUCCUGAGUCUCAAGUUCCUGCUGCAAAUGGGAGGCAACGGAAGGAGCUCUGACGGGAAUCUGAAGACUUGAUCUCUGCCUGUGACUCACUGUGUGCCCUUGGGCAAGUGUCUUACCCUCUCUGGGCCUCUCUCCCUGUCAGCACCAUGAGGGAGUUGGACUAGAGGAUUCCUGAGUCUUUCCCGCUCUGACGCUCAGAUCUUUCUUAAACCCUAGAGCUGACGUCGCUCUCAUCCCUUGCAGAACUCAUUGUGGUGCAGGAAGCAACAGCAUCACCUUGUCAGAAAUGCCGAAUCUCAGGUCCCGCUCUGGUCCCAUGGAGUCAGGGCCUGCACUUUCCAUACAGUCCCCAGGGAGUGCUUGUGCUCCUUCCAGCGUGAGAUGUGCUGCAGUGGCUGUUUCUGCCCUCUCUCUGAUCUGUGCUGCGAAGGCAGGCGGAGAGGUACGUGCUGAGGGUUGACGGCAGAGCUCAUUCAGGUGGGAGUGAUGGAGCCUGGCAUAGAACACGUCCCCAACAAAGAGUUUGUGAGUGUGUGCAGGCGUGUUUGUGCAACGAAGGAGGGAGUGGAACUGACUCGUUCACCUUUCCUGAGCGGGGGAGCAUGGAGACAGCAAGCUGGACUCCUAUCCUAGAUCUGCAGUCUCAGACCAGCCAUGUCUCGGAGCCACAGUUCUCUGCCCUGGGAAAUGGGAAUAAUACCACCCUAGAGCUCUGAACAUGUGCCCCUGUCGAUGAACCCACAGUGAUCUGUGUGUGUUGCCUUCUCCCAGCUCAUGCACACUUCAGGUCUUGGUAACCAGAAUGUUUUGUCUAUUCAGGCUCAAACCGAUCACUGGGACAGGAACCGAUGUUAAGUGCCACAUGAUGUGUCAAGAUGAACCUGGGGAAACGGUGAGCUAUUGACUGGACUGUUUUUCUGAAUCUGCUGGUACUUCUUUUAAAAGUUUUAAAAGCUCCCCAGAGGAAACCUGAAACCCAGACUCUUCUCAGAAUAGGAUGGGGGAAAUUCUGAAGUUUUCAUUAAACACAUUUAUCCCUCAAGCUUUGGAAGGAGCCAAAAUGCCAAAAGCAAGAGUCCCAAAGCAUUGCCCACACUGGUGUAUGAUAUUCUGAUAAGUGUCUAACAAAUUCAGCACAUGUCCCCUGGGCUUGACCAUUUGCUGGACAAACUUCCAGAAUAGUGAGACAUCUUGGGAUUCAUCCCAUUUAGGAAAGACCUUUAACUACCAGCUGUCGUCUCAAUGUUCUUCAAAUAGUCAAGUCUUCUUGAGGUCCUAUCACUGUGGUCUGUUCUGAUGGAAGGUCCCCACCAGCGUGCAACAGAAGGAUGACCUUGCUCUGUAAGCAGGACAACUGUGAAAGGAGCUGGGGGUGUCAAAGUCUGUGGGAAGAGAGAGCCACCUAGAAUGUCCCUGCCAAACCAGUCACUGAAAGACCUUCUCCAGGAGGCCUCUAACAGAUCCCUGAAUGCUACAGAAACCCCAGAGACGUGGGGUCCAGGGACACUCCGGGCCCUCAAGAUCUCUCUUGCUCUGCUCCUUUCCAUCAUCACACUGGCCACCGUCCUUUCCAACGCCUUUGUGCUUACCACCAUCUUCCUCACCAGGAAGCUCCACACCCCAGCUAACUAUCUCAUCGGCUCCUUGGCCAUGACGGACCUCUUAGUCUCCAUCUUGGUCAUGCCCGUCAGCAUCGCCUAUACCAUCACCCACACCUGGAGCUUUGGCCAGAUCCUGUGUGACAUCUGGCUGUCUUCUGAUAUCACGUGCUGCACGGCCUCCAUCCUGCAUCUCUGUGCCAUUGCCCUGGACAGGUACUGGGCCAUCACUGACGCCCUGCAGUAUAGUAAACGCCGGACAGCAGGCCGCGCGGCCGCCAUGAUUGCCACCGUCUGGGUCAUCUCCAUCUGUAUCUCCAUCCCGCCACUCUUCUGGCGGCAGGCCAAAACUCACGAGGAGAUGUCAGACUGCCUGGUGAACACGUCUCAGCUCUCCUACACCAUCUACUCCACGUGUGGGGCCUUCUACAUCCCUUCGGUGUUGCUCAUCCUCCUCUAUGGCCGCAUCUACGUGGCCGCCCGGAACCGCAUCCUGAAUCCACCUUCACUCUAUGGGAAGCGCUUCACCACGGCCCAUCUCAUCACGGGCUCUGCGGGGUCCUUGCUCUGCUCCCUCAGCUCCAGCCUCCAUGAGGGGCAUUCCCAUGCGGCUGGCUCCCCUCUCUUUUUCAACCACGUGAAAAUCAAGCUGGCUGAUAGUGUCCUGGAGCGGAAGAGGAUUAACGCCGCCCGAGAGAGGAAAGCCACCAAAACCCUGGGGAUCAUUCUGGGGGCCUUUAUCAUCUGCUGGCUGCCCUUCUUUGUUGCAUCUCUGGUCCUUCCCAUCUGCCGGGACUCCUGCUGGCUCCACCCAGCGCUCUUUGACUUCUUCACCUGGCUAGGCUAUUUAAACUCCCUCAUCAAUCCAAUAAUAUAUACUGCGUUUAACAAAGAGUUUCGGCAAGCAUUUCAGAAAGUGGUCCAUUUCCGGAAAGCCUCCUAGUCUUAUUUGGUGGUGACUCUUGUUAUCUUUUGUGACCUGUAACCCAACUGGAAUUGUCUUGUUUGUUUCUCCAGAGAUUUGGGCCAAUCCUGGGCUCUUGGGUUUUGGUUCCAUCAAUAGAAUUGUUCGGCGUUCUCUUCCUCCUGUUGUCUUCUUGAUUUCGGUGCCACCAAAAGCUUUGUGAAGGGGGACAAGACCGGAGAUUCCACUUAUUAUUCCAAUAUUUUCACAGCUCCUCCAUGUUGGAAGAAAUGCGACCCACAGGAUUCCCCGUUGAUUCGAUUCAGAGGGGAAGCUGACUCUGUAGAAAGAUCCCAGGUACAAAUGGGAGGCUUUCUGGUUUACCUAAGUUUUGUAUGGAGCUCAAUGUAGGGUAGAUGAGGUGAAUGACCUGAGCCGAAAGAGACUUGGGAGUCAGGAUGGAGGCAUCUCCAUUCCAUAUGGAGCCUUGAUUGGAAAAUAACACCCAGAUCAACUGCCAUGUAUCCUCCCUCCUUCCCCAGUAUCUCUGUACCACCUUAAUGUUCUGAAAAGUUAAAGACCACAAUCACCCUCCGUGAAGUAGAUCGACAGGCUUUGGACCCACUAAGCUUUGAGUGGGACACCAUUCUGAAUUUUGUUUUCUGAAUUAUUUUUUUACAUCCUGUUCUCAUCAGAGAUCUUAAGAUGUUGAGUCUUGUCGAAUAAAAAGCAUGAGACGUCA